AUAUCCGCCGCUGGGCCGGCUUUGGGAAGUUCCCCGGCGCUUGUUUGCCAAAGGAGGAGGAGGAGGAGGGCUAGGGAGGCGCUUGGAGCGCUUCGCUUUGGCGGAGAAAGUUUCCCUGGAGUGGCGGCGAGGGCUUCGAGGAGCCUGGACGGGGAAAGGCGUGAUGCUGCUGCAGCCGGGGCGCCGGAGAGCCGCCUCCCUCGUUCCCCUCCUCCUCCUCCUCCCCCUUCCUCUUUAACCAGAGCCGGAUCGGGACGCCGCCGGGAUGGGCGAGGGCUCUUCGGCCGGGUUCGCCCUCUUCUCCGCCGUGCUCGCCCUCCUCGCCGCCUCCGCCCGCUGCCGGGCUCCCUUCGCCUUCCCGCUCCGAGUGGCUUCCCCGCCGUCCCCUGUUGGCCCCCGCCCGCCCCCGCUGGAGCCCCCCGGCAGCCCCUCGCAGAAGUCCCCGAAAGCGGCGGGCUUAGCCUUGGCUUCGGCGGCCAACUUGGUGGCCAUGGUGGACAACCUGGAAGGCGACUCCGGGCGAGGCUACUACCUGGAGCUGCUCCUGGGCACCCCGCCCCAGAAGCUAAAUAUUCUGGUUGACACUGGAAGCAGCAAUUUUGCAGUUGCUGGUGCACCAAAUGCAGAUGUGACUUCCUAUUUCAACAGUGAAAAAUCAAGCACAUAUAAGCCACUGGGUAUUGAUGUAGCUGUUAAAUAUACCCAAGGAAGCUGGAUUGGAACUCUUGGAACAGAUGUUAUCACUAUGCCGAAAGGAAUCAAUGGCACUUAUACAAUCAACAUUGCAACCAUCUUUCAAUCUGAAAAUUUCUUUUUACAAGGUAUCCAGUGGCAAGGGAUCCUUGGUCUUGCUUAUGCUGCCUUGUCUAAGCCUUCAGGUUCAUUGGAGACAUUUUUUGAUUCCCUUGUGAAUCAAGCAAAGAUUCCCAACAUUUUUUCCUUGCAGAUGUGUGGAGCUGGUUUGCCUGUUUCUGGAACUGGUACCAAUGGAGGUAGUCUUAUCCUUGGUGGAAUUGAACCAAGUCUAUACAAGGGAGAAAUUUGGUACACACCUAUUCAGAGAGAGUGGUAUUAUCAAGUUGAAGUACUCAAAUUGGAAGUUGGAGGCCAGAAUCUUAAUUUGGACUGUAAAGAGUACAAUUCAGACAAAGCCAUUGUAGACAGUGGCACAACACUCCUGCGCCUGCCAGAAAAAGUCUUCAGUGCUGUUGUGGGAGCAAUUAUCCAGACCUCCUUGAUCCAGGAUUUCCCAGGAGGAUUUUGGAGUGGUACACAGCUUGCCUGCUGGGUUAAAACUGAAAAACCUUGGACCUUCUUUCCUGAGAUUUCUAUAUAUCUGAGAGAUGAAAAUGUCAGCAGAUCAUUUCGAAUCACAAUCCUUCCACAGCUUUAUAUUCAGCCUGUUCUAGAAUACGGCCAAAAUCUAGGCUGUUACCGGUUUGGCAUCUCCUCUUCUGACAGUGCCUUGGUCAUUGGUGCUACAGUGAUGGAAGGAUUCUAUGUCAUCUUUGAUAGAGCUCAAAAGAGAGUGGGCUUUGCUUUAAGUACCUGUGCAGAAAUGGAUGGUUCUCCGGUAUCUGAGAUCAAGGGCCCUUUCACAACUGCAGAUGUAGCAAGUACCUGUGUUUCUACAUUAUCCCUCCAUGAGCCAUUGCUAUGGAUUGUGUCAUACACACUUAUGACCUUCUGUGGACUUGUUCUUCUUGUUCUUGUUAUCUUACUCCUCCUUCCAUCUCGGUGUCGUCAGCGUACCACCAACAACAUUGUAAAUGAUGAAUCCUCUUUAGUAAGACAUCGAUGGAAAUGAAGAAUUCAGUCAACAUACAAAUAAUCAAUGUACUCUGUGUAGCAGAAUUUAGGGGGAAUCCUUUUCAACAAAAGUUGGAAGUCCAAGCAUCCUCACCACCAAAUAGCUCUCCGUUGUGCUGUUUUCUAAUUCUGGUUUUUGAACCAAGAACAUAUAUAACCACCUCAAGUGCUAUCCUGCUAUUUCUACUUGACAAUCAUAUAACCAAGACAGUUAGUAUAACAUGUACUUUUUAAAAUGUUAAAAAUUUGUUCCAUAGAAUAAUAUAGAAUUAUGAAGCAAAAAAUAGAAUUAUGAAGCAAAAUAUUUUUGAUCUUUUUUGUAUUAGUCACUACCAAAAUUAAACAUGGAUAGUGAACCACAUUUACGUCAGUGGUUGUGGUAAAGCAGUGGUUCUCAACCUGUGGGUCCCCAGAUGUCUUAGCCUUCAAUUCCUAGAAAUCCUAACAGCUGGUAAACUAGCUUGGAUUGCUGGGAGUUGUAGGCCAAAACACCUGGGGACCCACAGGUUGAGAACCGCUGCUGUAAUGGGAGGAUGGACCUUUCUGUAGAAGCGUAAGCAAGGCAUGCUAAAAAGUAGGUAUUUAUUUUCAUUCCAAUGAAGAAAAGGAUUUAUGUUACUUUCAAUUGACCUUUCUUUUGUGACUCUCAUAAGAGAAGACUGUAAGGAAAACAUUGAAACCAAAACCUAUUGUGCAACCUUAAUAUAAAACAACACUACCUCUGGAUUUGCAAGGAUGCCAUUCACAAGUAUGAUGCUGGUAGAUUUCUCUUAACACUUUUCAUAGGAAUAUAGUUCCUUUGAGUUUUGAUCCCCCCCGCCCCUCCGAGUCAUGACAUUUAAAACAUUUGACUUUACCUCUCAUAUUAGCAUCCUGUUUUCUGAAUCCAUGCAAACAUAAUCUUUGGAAGGAUUUAUCAAAGCUUUGCAGUUAUGUUCUGCAAAGUCAGUGAACUAUAAGGAUAAAUACCUCUCUUUACACCUUUUGAAUGUCUCUAGUAAAUAGAAAUUCAAAACAUUUCAGUGUAAGGGGAAUCUCCCAGUUUGAAAGGUGGCCCAUUUAGCUAAGGCUGCAUGUCUAACAAAGUCAAAGCCUCUUGAAAGUGGGCCGUGAACAAGAUGGUAGAGCAAUUAAUUGCAUGGAUAGGUGUUUUUAGUCUACAGUUUCAGUGUGCCACUAAUAGGACACUAAAACGUCUCUGUACAAACGACUUGGUCUAUGUAAACUCCUUUCUAUAUCUUUGAUUUGCAUAUUGAGAGAUAAUCUCUGCUGGAUUUGAUACAUGACAGCAGGAAACCUCAAACCAAUUUAGGAGAGUGAAAAAGAAAUAUUGUAUUUUUCCCCUUUUCUAACUCAGUAAUCAUCACAUUUUUUAAAAAUAAAGCUUUUCAGUAUG